CUUCACUCUCUUAUCGAUUGGUUAUCAUACGUCAUUAUUAAGUUUCUCUUUUUAGUUACCUGCCUAAAACCAAAAAAUCAAUAUUGCAAAUUAGUCGGAGAACAGCUGUUGAACUCUAAAGAGGUUCCAAUUUUGAUAAAGCCAACGUGGUGCCACCAAUUUGAGUUCCAAAUCUUUGCCAAACUUUACCGACGUGCAAAGUUCAGAAGACCGUUCGAUCGGGAUGGGAACUUUGUCUUUAAGCGAUUUCAAAGAAGUGAGAAUCCCAGCACCUUGGGGUCACAUUUCUGGACGUUGGUAUGGAAAUCGAACGGAGCGACCGAUCUUGGCCAUCCACGGAUGGUUGGACAACCUGGGAACCUUUGAUCGGCUGAUUCCCCUACUUCCCGAUUAUAUAGGAGUGCUCUGCAUCGAUCUUCCCGGACAUGGAAGAUCCUCUCGCCUUCCGCCGGGAAUGCACUACGGCGUCGAUGAUUAUGUGCUGAUUAUUCCCCGUGUGAUGAAGGAGUACGGCUGGUCGAAGGUUUCCCUAAUGGGUCACUCACUAGGUGGCAUCAUAAGCUUCAUGUACACCUCUCUGGCUCCACAUACAGUGGAUAUGGUCAUCUCCUUGGACAUUUUACUUCCCUCGAAUAUGGUUCCCCAGAAGGCAGUUGGGUUUGUGGCCCAGAGAAUGGAGAAGCAUUUGGUGGAAGAGGAUCGUCAGGAGAAGGGUAAUUUCCAUGAGCCUCCAUCCUACACGCUCUCUCAGUUGACCAAAGUUCUGGCCAAGGGAAGCUUAAAUUCUGUAACCCCUGAAUUCGCUAAGCACCUGCUCCACCGGCAGGUGUCAAAGUCGCAACUAUACCCAGAUAGAUUCUAUUUCUCAAGGGAUGGUCGAGUGAAGUUCUAUCACCUCACACAAAUGGAAGCUGGACUCGCCGAGGAAAUGACAAAACGGAUACGAAGAAAGCCCUACUUGGUCAUUAAGGGAUCAUUGUCUCCAUUCGUGGGAAAGCAUUGCGAAAAGCCCAUUGAAAUCUUACGCCAAAAUAACCCCCAUUUCGAGUUCUAUGAGGUUGAGGGUGGUACUCAUCACGUUCAUCUUCAUGCCGCCGAGGAGUGCGCCCGUUAUGUAGUGCCCUUUAUAAGGCAUCAUCGACCUCCUGCUCUGACUUCUUGGUCUUUAAAUGGAAAGGAGCAGCAACUGAGUGCCGAGGAAAAGCGACGACAACGAGAAAAAUUCUUCGAAAUAAGCAAAAACAAACGCAGCAAGCUGUAA